AUAGUGCAAAGAGUAGGGGCUGAGGAUAGUUCCUUGUGGAAGACCUGUUGUACGACGACGUGGUCCAGUUAAUUGAUUUUGGUACCGAACCCAUAUGUAUCUUUCAGCGAGGAAAGAGCCAAUUCCAUAAAUCAGUUGUGGCGGGAUUCCAAUGGUUUCCGACUUCUGUAGCAACACAUGUAUAAGAACAUUAUCAUAUGCUUCAAUUAUAUCCAGGGAUAUAGCUAUUACAUUCUCUUUCGUUGUUGUUGCGUCAUAAAUCUCUGGGGUUAAGGUAUUUAAAUAAUCUAUUGUUCCCUUGCCUUUUCCAAACCCAUACUGACUCGAUGACAGUGUCUGAUUUGAUUCCAACCACCAUUCCAAGGGAUUUUUUACCAGGGGUUAUAUAGCUUUACCGAUACAGAAAGAAAGAGAAAUAGGUCUAUAGCUAUAGUUGUCAGUUGUGACAAAGAUGUUUACCAAAGAAAUUUAUUUGAACUGUCAUCUGGUAUGCAGGAAUAUUUAAAGAACUUCUUUGCACGUAGAUCGAGUGCAGAGAACUAUUGUUGACAAUAAACAUAUUACACGCUUUUUUGCAAAAUUUACCAAGCGCUUGAUUCAUAUACAUGGGCCAGUAUUCUUUUGUGGCCAGAUUCUGACUUUUACAGUUUUUGCGUUGGCUUAGGCUGACUAACAUUUGAGCAUACCGGUGUUUUCACACUUCAACAAUAGAUAACUGGGUAUUGUGAUAUCAUUCAAGUACGGUUUUCUUGCCAAUUAUAGUGAUCUUUGCGUUUGCAGACAAGUGCCGUGUACGUGCCAGAAAAAAAAUGUUGUGACGCAUUACUGUAGCAUACACAAAAAUGGGGUCAGAAACGAGUAAACUACCAGAUCUUGAAAUUGAAGAGAGAAAUGUGGAAGUUACUGCUGACUGGAUAAUGCAUAGAGCGCACGUUUAUUCAGAAAAACCUUACAGUGUAUCGUUAUUUGUAUUUGAACCGAGUAAUGACGUGAAUGUGAAGAAGACAGUUCUGUUGGAACGCUGUGCAAAAAAUUUGCUAAAGUACCGCCAUCCAUGCAUAUUGAAGUACAUUUCUUCAUAUUGGUCAAAAGGUUCAUUCUACUUGGCGACAGAAGUAGCAAAACCACUUACUCAUGUACUGCAAAGCCAAUCUCCUUUGCAGAUUUGUGUUGGACUGCAUUCUAUUCUAAAGGCUAUAAAUUUUCUACAUCGGAAGGCACAAGCAAGCCACAAUAAUUUGUGUCGUGCUGCUAUAUAUGUUAGCCCUGAUGGUGUGUGGAAGCUAGGAGGCUUUGAACACAUGUGUCCCUUUUCAAAACUAAGCCAUGCAUUUUUGCAAAAAGCAAGUGAUAGCAGGUAUCAGAAAGCUAUAGCACCAGAGGAGGAGUCACCAGAAAGUUUACUCAGUUUGCCUACUUCAAUUGACCAGUUUGCCUUUGGUGUUCUAGUUGAAGAAGUUCUGAACUGUGAAAGUGAAGAUGAAGUACCAGCCUUGAAAGAGUUCCUUGAACUAGCAAAGACACAGCUUCAGAAUGUGAGACAUACUUCACGUCCUACAUUAUCUACAUUAUUGACUCAUGAUUUCUUCAGUCAUGACUUCAUUAGAGUUUAUAGUUUUCUUGUGGAAUUGCCUGUUAAAACAGAAGAAGAAAAAAAAUCUUUCUUCAGUUGUCUUGUAGACCAACUACUGACAUUUCCAGAAACUCUUGUCGCAAAACAGCUUAGUGGUUUAUUGUUGGCCCGUCUUGUGUUAUUGGAUUCAGCAGCACAGGAAUGCCUUCUUCCUCACAUUUUGCACCCUAGGAGUGAGAAUGGAGGGAAUGGUCUCCUGUCACCAAAUAUGUACAGACAAUAUAUCGUACCACAGCUAGUACAGAUAUUCUGUGUGCGUGAUGCACAGAUUCGGUUGGUUCUGUUGAAGCAUUUCAAGCACUACUUUCACAUGUUUACUUUGGAACAGUUGAAGAAUCAAAUACUGCCUGAGUUGUUGGUAGGAAUAAAGGAUACAAAUGACCUAUUAGUAACGGCAACACUUUGUGCACUUGCUGAACUGGUUCCUGUACUGGGUGCAGCAGCUGUCAUAGGAGGAAAACGGGCCCGGCUGUUUACUGAUGGUCGGCCACUGGUUGUGGGGCAUCAGUCCAGAGCCACACAGCUACAGUGUGAUCCAAAUGGUAUUACUAGCUGUGAUGUGCAGCUUUCUGAGAGACCUUCCCCUGACGGUGGAGAAGAUCAUAGCUCUUCAGAUGAGGAAACUGCUGUUUGGUCUGACUGGGAAAACAAUGGAGAGAGUAAUGUUCAAGAUUCUGUAUUAGAAGAGAAACCAAAGCCAUCCACUAGGAAUCAAGAGAAACCAUCACAGACAUUACAUGAUAUCUCGUUCCUGGAUAUUAAAAGUGCUCCUACCAGCAGUCAAGAUGAAUUCAACUAUUUCCAGGAUAUGGAGCCAGUAAUAUCAAAGCCACCAGUUGCACAGAUAGAUCAGGACAUUGAACAUGGUGUACAGACUCAUGGGGUUACUUCCAGGCUCUUUGCUGUUGAUACUUCAGAGCAUGAUAAGUGGUUGGCCGAAAGUGAUGGUUGGGGUGAUGACAUAGUUGACUGGGACAACAAUGAAAGUCACAAAGAUGACCUAGAAAAUACAAUUGUGACUUAGUUACAAAACAAAUGAAAACAUAGUUUUGUAAAUGUAUGUUGUGCUACAAAUAAAACAAAACCUCCAGUUGUAA